CAUGUCGGUUGUGUUUUUGGAUAUCUUGUGCGACAAUUUGAAGCUUGAAUAUGGUAACUGCCUGUGCCUGGAUUGUGACGGCAGCGAUGCUGCUCUGCGUGGGUUUGGCCGGGGCCAAAGAUAAUCUGCGUGUGGCGUACGAAUGGAGGGAAAUGGAUUUCAAAUACGAGAGUCCCGAUCAACGCUGGUCGGCCAUAGAGAGCGGCGCCUUCAAGCCGGCCAAUGUGAUACCCUUUGGCCUCGAGGUCUAUCGCCAGCGCCUGUUCGUAACUCUGCCCAGAUGGCGCAAUGGAGUCCCAGCCUCGUUGGCCUACCUUGAUCUGAAUGACACCUCAUCCAAGAUGCCGGCGCUGAGACCCUUUCCCAGCUGGGUGGCGCAUACCCUGAGCGAUGCCGAGCCGGAGCUUGUCUCGCCAUUUCGCGUGAAGGCCGAUCGUUGUGGUCGCCUUUGGGUGCUGGACUCACGCAUCUCGGGUGUGCUGGAGCAGACCAAGCUGUAUGGCACGGCACAGCUGCUGAUCUACGAUCUGCAUAAUGAUGAUCUGCUGCGGCGUCACAUCUUGCCGGCGGGUCAGAGCAAGCAGAGCUCCUUCUUUGCCAAUCUAGCCGUGGAGGAUGCUGACUGCGAGAACACGUAUGCGUAUGCUGCUGAUCUGGGCAGUCCGGGUCUGGUGGUGUAUUCAUGGCGGGAUCAGGAAUCUUGGCGUGUCCAGCAUAAUUUCUUUCAUCCCGAUCCGCUUGCGGGUAACUUUAGCAUCAAUGGCAUUGAGUUCCAGUGGGAUGACGGUUUGUAUGGACUGGCGCUGUCCAAGCCUCAGUCGGAUGGCUAUUCCACGCUCUAUUUCCAUCCACUCAGCUCGACCAUGGAGUUCUCUGUGAACAGCUCCGUGCUACGCAACAAAACUCUGGCCACCUCCGGCGCCAUUUAUCGUGAGUUCAAGAUUUUGGGUUCACGUGGCACCAAUGCCCAAGCGGGUGCUCAGUGCCUGGACGCAGAGACGGGCGUGCUCUUCUAUACGCUGCCCAAUCAGAAUGCUGUGGCCUGCUGGAGAACUACAAAGAGCUUUAGCUCGCAGGAUCACGUCUACGCCAACAACAACAAUCUGAUCUUUCCCAGCGAUGUCAAGGUGGAUGACCAGCAGCGUUUGUGGGUGCUGGCCAACCAGCUGCAAAGCUUCAUCUACGAUGAGCUAUAUCCGGGCAGCAUCAAUUUCCGCAUAUUCACGGCCAGCGUUCAGGAGGCCAUUGAGCAUACGGCCUGUGAGGCGCCCAAACCGCUGCCGGAGCUGGUCAGCAAGCUGGGCGAGGUGAUCAGGACGAAUAUCAAGUUGAAGACGGCAGAGGAUUCGAACUCUGUUGCUGGUUCGAAGUCCGCUGCGUCCGCUCUGACGCUUAGUCUGGGCGCCUUGCUGCUCGGCUGCUGUCUACAGCUGCGCUCAUGGCUGCUCUAAAGGUCAGCCCCUUGUAUAUGCAACAACAACAUAUUCCAAUGCGCUGUUAUAUAAUUAAAUGUAGUUUUC